AGUUAGCUUUAGCUAUGUUAGCGCCACACUCACUGUAUCCUAGCAACGCUGGUGUUGCUGUGUUAGCUGGCUAGCGUUAGCUAGCAUUGGAUUUACCAGAGCGUACAGGACCGUUUAAAAAAGGAAAAUUCUUGAGCAAGAAUGAUGGAGAAUAUUCAUCUUGCUGCAGAGGAUGAAGAUGACCUGUACACAGGGUACAAUGACUUCAAUCCAACGUUUGACUCAGAGGACCUGGAUAAUGAUGUUGGCUUUCAGCAAGCUGUUAGGACCAGCCAUGGCAGACGACCUCCGAUGACUGCAAAGUUUCCUGGCACUGCCAUUGGUGGAAGACCCAUAGGAACCUCUUUUGGUUCACGGAUGCCUAUGGGCUCUUCAAUGGGAAGGCCUGCAACUGGAGCUGUACAGGAUGCUGGGGCUGCUCGUCCAAUGACUGCAGUGCGGGCUGCAGGAUAUUCCUCUUCUUUGGCCAGAGGUUCAACCUUUGAUCCACUUGGGCAAUCAAAGGGACCGGCUCCUCCAUUAGAAGCAAAAAAUGAAGACACUCCAGAAGAGAAGAUUAAGAUUUUGGAAAAGAAGGUGAAUGAUUUGAUCGAGGAGAGUUGCAUGGCCCAAGCAAAUGGAGAUCUCCAGCUGGCUCUAGAGAAGGCCAAAGAAGCUGGUAGAAAAGAAAGAGCACUGGUGAGACAAAGAGAGCAAACUGGAACAGCAGACCAUAUCACAUUGGAUCUAACCUACUCAGUGCUGUUUAAUCUGGCAAACCAGUAUGCCAACAAUGACAUGAACACAGAAGCCCUUAACACUUACCAGGUCAUCGUAAAAAACAAGAUGUUCAAUAAUGCAGGACGGUUGAAAGUAAACAUGGCUAACAUCUACUUUAAACAGAAGAACUAUCCCAAAGCAAUAAAGUUUUAUCGCAUGGCUUUAGACCAGAUCUCCAAUGCACACACAGAGAUGAGGAUCAAGAUCAUGCAGAACAUUGGUGUUGCUUUUAUACGAAUGGGUCAGUACUCAGAUGCCAUUACAUCCUUAGAGCAUAUUAUGAGCGAGAGUCCCAACAUAAAGACCGGCUUCAACCUAAUCCUCUGCUACUAUGCCAUUGGAGACCGUGAGAAGAUGAAGAAAUCUUUCCAGAAACUCAUUUGUGUUCCUCUGGGUAUUGAUGAAGAAGACAAGUAUAUCCCAGCAAAUGAUGAUCCUCAUACAAACUUAGUGAUUGAAGCCAUCAAGAAUGAUCAGCUCCACCAAAUGGAGCGAGAGAGAAAAGCACUGGCAGAAAAGUGCAUCAUGACCUCAGCAAAGCUUAUUGCCCCAGCCAUUGAAACCUCUUUUGCAGCAGGAUUUGAUUGGUGUGUGGAUAUGGUCAAAAGUUCACAAUAUGUGGAGCUGGCGAAUGAUCUAGAAAUCAACAAAGCGAUCACCUACCUGAGACAGAAGGAUUUUAACCAGGCAGUGGAGACGCUGAAGACGUUUGAGAAAAAAGACAGCAGGGUAAAGAGUGCGGCUGCUACUAACCUGUCCUUCCUCUACUUCUUGGAGAAGGACUUCGAUCAAGCUGACCGCUAUGCAGAUCUGGCAAUGAACGCUGACCGCUACAACCCAGCUGCCCUCAUUAACAAAGGCAACACAGUAUUUGUGAAGCAAGACUAUGAGAAAGCAGCAGAGUUUUAUAAAGAAGCUUUGCGUAAUGACUCAUCCUGCACAGAGGCUCUAUAUAACUUAGGGUUGACACAUAAGCGGCUGGGGCGGCUAGAAGAAGCCCUCGACAGCUUCAUAAAGCUCCAUGCCAUACUGAGGAACAGCGCUCAAGUCAUGUAUCAGCUGGCUAGUCUAUAUGAAAUGUUGGAAGACCCUCACCAGGCUAUUGAAUGGCUCAUGCAGCUGAUCAGUGUUACUCCAACUGAUCCUUGGGUUUUGGCUAAACUGGGGGAGUUGUAUGACAGUGAGGGUGACAAGUCACAAGCUUUCCAGUACUAUUAUGAGUCUUUUAGAUAUUUUCCCUCAAACAUUAGUGUCAUUGAAUGGUUGGGAGCAUAUUAUAUUGACACUCAAUUCUGUGAAAAGGCAAUUCAGUACUUUGAGAGAGCAACACUUAUACAGCCCAAUCAGGUUGUGUGGCAGUUGAUGGUGGCUAGCUGCUACAGGAGAAGUGGAAAUUAUCAGAAAGCACUUGAGACAUAUAAAGACAUUCAUCGGAAGUUCCCAGACAAUGCAGAAUGUCUGCGAUUCCUUGUGAGAUUAUGCACAGAUAUGGGUUUAAAGGAGGUGCAGGAGUACGCCACCAAACUAAAAAAAGUGGAAAAGAUGAAGGAGAUCAGAGAGCAGAGGGUGAAGUCAGGGAGGGAGAACAGUGCUCGAGGCCGGAGAGAGGGCAGUGCCAGCAGUGGUGGUAGCCAAAGCCAAAUACGUACUCCCCCUACCAAACCAAGUGGUACCCUAAUUACAUACCUAUUAGUACAUAUCCAGUAGGGCUGGCACUGUAAACGCUUGCUUUUGUUAUCUAAAGUAUAGAACAGGAUGAGUCAAACGUCACAGGACACCCUUUUAUUUCAGAAACAAAAGGAUAAGAAAAAAGACAGACAUCUGAAUGUCAUAGAAAUUAAAGGGUGAGAAGGCCUGCCUUUAAGCUAUGUCCAAAUAAUGAUUGCCAUCACAAAAGCCGCCAUAUUUCAUUUCUAAUAUAAAAGCGUACCAUGACUUUUGACUCACCCUGUGUUGGUCCUCCAGGAUUAGGAUAGUAGUAAUGCAGUAGCUGUAGUCCUCAUAUAGUACAUUAAACAUGAACUUAAUGACGUGGUGCACUAAAAUGUAUUAAUUAAUUAAUUAUUUCCCAUCUCCUGCAACAUUUGGAGAUAUGCUUCUGCACUUUCACAUGCAGCCUAAUCACAGCUAAUUUUCAAUACUCUUCUGUCUCCUGUUUUUAUAUAGGUUUUUAUAUAUAUCCUGGUCAAUUUUGGCAUGUAGGUUGAUGAAAAUGAAUCAUUUUUAAAGAUCUCCCCUUUUAACAGAGUAUAAAAAUAGAUAAAUUAUACUCAUUAUAUAUAGUCUUAAUGUUAUUAUAUAGUACCAGUGUAUCUUUGGUUAUUGUGUAAUUUUUACACUUUGUGCAUGUACAGUAGGAAACAGCCCAAGUCCUAUCCAAACACCCCCAAAGAAACCAAAUGGUACGACUUAUAUUAUAAUAAGAAACAAAUAGAGCAGAAAUAGACUGAUGCUCUUGGAGGUUAAUGGUAGUUUCAUACCCAAACUAUUCAUAGUAUAAUUAUAUAAAAGAAAUGUGAUUUUAUUGGUUUGAUUUUAAAUUAUCAUCUUAUUAACAUCAUUACAUAACCUUCAGGAGCACCACAGAAACCAAGUAAUAUACUUUAUGUAUGUCCUUAUUGUAGCUUUGAUGUAAGUUGUAUGUAGACAUGAUAAAUAUUUUAUCAAUCAGUAACCAGGUCUUUGUAGUUGAGUAGAGUGUGUUGUACAUAUUCACUGUAGAGAUACUUAUAUUACAUUUUAGUUAAAAGGUUUUUUUGUUCUGAUCAUUUUUGUUGCUCUGCUCUUUGUUUAGUUAUGAUUGCAGUGUAAGCUUAUCAUCACCCAAUAUAAGCUUAAUAACCCUCAAACGAUCAGCUGCAUCUGGCGAAAGUAAUAAAUAAUUUAGAUUUUUCUCCAGAUUGUACCUUUGAUAUUAUUCCGAUUUUGUUUUUUAUUGUUUCUGGUCUUCAUGGCUGUUAACAUUUCAGGGGGCAACUUAAGUCCAGUUAAUGCUUCUAUGAAAACCAGUGUUAUGAAUACCCCUGUAGCUAACAUAAGAUUAGAUAUAAAGAGCCUAAAUUGUGUUUUUGCAACUAAUGUAGCAAAUUGUUAUUAAUUCAAGCUUCAUAUUUUGUUUAGUCAUAUGUGAAUACAAUACUGUCAGAAGCUUGAUGCAGAGUUGUGGUUCUUCACUGUGUUUCAUUUCCCUAUUUUCACACUCCCUG